GGGCUCUGGAUGGAUCAAAGGCUCUUUGCGCUCUCUCUCCAGCCGUACUGAGCGCAGUCUGCUCUGGGUCUCCACGGACGCGCCUCUGUCAUCGCAGGCUGUUUCUUUUUUUUCUUCUUCUUCUUAUUUGGAUUAUAUUCAUCUGAUGGUUUUCACCUCCAACUCAAUGCAUAGAAAUGGGUAAACUGCACUCGAAACAUGCUGCUAUUUGUAAACCGAGGGAGAGCCCAGAAGGCGACAGUUUUGUAGUCAAUGCCUGUUUGGCGAGGAAGGGAAUCGACGACUGGCUCGUGAAGCAGAAAUACUACUGCACGAGCUCUCGCCUCGAGCAACAGGACUGUCACCACAAGAAUAACUGCGGUUUGACUACACGGGAAUCUAUGGAUGAAGCAUGUGCUGAGCGGAUUGGUGAUGAACACUACCGUUUAGAAGUGGCUUUACCCCCGGAGAAGACAGACAGCUGCUGUGUGGAGGAGAAGAUGCAGGAGAGGGACAGCCAAUCUCCCGCAGGGCCACAGAAACAGCUCCAGUUUGAAGAGUUGGAGUGUGCUGUGUCUGUGGAGGAGGAUAACAGGCAGGAAUGGACCUUCACCCUCUAUGACUUUGACAACAACGGAAAAGUCACCAGGGAGGAUAUCACCAGCCUGCUCCAUACCAUCUAUGAGGUCGUCGAUGCCUCCGUCAACCAUUCUCCCAGCAGCAGCAAGACAUUGCGGGUCAAGCUGUCGGUGGCUCCUGACUCCAGCCAGCGGUGGAGGAGUUGUACACAGGGUGCUGCAGACACGUCCCACCCCAGAGAGAAAAAUGACAAGUGCAUAGAAGACCCCAAGAGUGCAGAUAAGAAGACUCGAGCACUCCUAAGGCGCCACCACAGUGACCACCACACCCAGCCGGGCUGCCAGCGCCACUGUGUGGAUGAGAACCUGGAACGCAGGAACCACUACUUGGACCUGGCAGGAAUUGAAAACUACACUUCCCGCUUCGGAGCCGCCCCCGCCUCAGAGCCAGCGAAGGCAGAGCCUCAGACCCGCUCGUCGAACCAGACUCGCUCUCGCUCCCACGAACCAGAAAAUGGCCACUCCCAUUCCCACCACCGCCGCUUGCAGACUGUCGUGGACGCUGUCGCUCCGGACAACCUCCACCCCACCCGGCUGCGAGGCCAAGACUCAGGGAAACAUGCCCUCCGCUCUCCCAAGACCCACAGCCGCACACCUCCUGCACAGAUCAGCAGUAGGGUGAUGAGGAGCCGAGGUGCCCCUCCUCCCCCGGCACUACCCAGCCAGACACCCCCUCACCAGUCCGCAGCCCCCUACCGCAAGCACAAGCAGCGGUCCAAGGAGAGCCAGGGCUACCGGGCCUUAGGCUCUCUGGCAGCUCCGGGACCUGUGGUGGAGAAGGAGCAGGUGAGGGACCUGCCCAGCGUGCUGCUCUACGAGGGGGGGCUGGCGCAAGUAGUGCAGCGGCAUGAGCAUCAUCACCACCAUGAACACCAUCACCACUACCACCACUUUUACCAGUCCUGAAUUUCCACCCUGGAACCCCAGAAAACCUAGCCAGGCCAGCAGACACUGACUGCUAUGAGCUUCCUCCUCAAACACUUUGUAGUGGAGAUAGGACAUGGGGAGAAGAGGAGGAUCAUGGGAGGUGCAGUCCAGUGCUGAGAGCUUAUUAACCAGUGUUAUAAAGAGGUUGGUCAGACAUACAGAGGUUCGGGUAUGCAGCAGGAAGGUGAUUCAGGGCCACAGUAAGGCCAGGACUGAGGAUCAUGGCUGGGGCAAGAGAGGAGGCACAGGAGAGGAGGAUGGAUUUAGAAAAAGUUCCUCUCCCCCCCUGGCCCUGAAUCCCACUACCUGAUGAACUCUACGGCUGCAAACCAGCACCACAACCCUUCCAGACCACUAAGCCAAAUGGUUUUUAAAGAGAAGGAGGGACGAGAGGAAGAAAGACUGUGAUGUAAAGAUGAAAAUAUAUGAAGGAAAUAUUGGUGAUAGGAGAGCAGGGCAUAGUGUGUAUGUGAGAAUGUGUGCGUGUGGUUGUGUAAAGCAGUGUGUGAAUGUGUGGGUGUAGCAAGAGUGUGUGUGUCUGUGUGUAUGUAUGUAUGUGAGUGUCACGACACUGGUGUCUGUCGAAAACCACUCAAGUGCGCUCCUGGGUGCGUGAGUAUUUAAAGUAGGCUGUCAGGCAGGUUUUAGAAGAUGAAAAUGAAGAUUAUGAUUUAAACACGCAAUACCCUGUAAGCAAAAGUGGGAAGGAAAAUUUUGAAAUGUUAAAGUUUAAAAAAAAAGAACAGAGCUCCCAAAUCCGCUGCUACCUCUAAUUUUAUCCUAAUUGUUGUUGUAAUUGUGACUUUAAGCAUUCAGAGGUUAUUUUCAAAUUACUUCAAGACGUUUUUGAAAGAAGAGAAAUCGUGUCACAAUCUGCAGUACUGAAGUGUCGAAAAGCUCCUUACUUUUACUAACUUUUACUGUAAAUAAGGUAUAUAUUGUUAUCAAUUUUAUAAGCUUUGUUGAUAAUGUGAUAUCUUUGUAUUCACUAUCUUUUAUGUUUGUUUUCCUUCACAACUGCAUUUUUAUAAGACCAUGAGGAGCCUCAUUUUGACUAGAAUAUGUACAUCUGUAGUAGCAUCAGACACACCCUCUCUCUCCAUCUCACACACUCCCUCAUUCUCUCUCUGUUUGAACUUUCUGACCAUGUGAUCAGAUUCACAACUGUGGCUGAAUGACUAAAACCCCAACUCUCAACAGUGCUGUUCAGUAGCUUGACAUCACAUCACAUUACAAGUGUUAAUAGAACACAAGCUUAUCAUUCAAUGGAAACAAAAAGAACAAGGAAUUAUUUGAAGAUACAUGACUGUAGUGUGAAAUAGGAUGUUACUUGAGUUUAGUUCAGGUAAACGUGGCUGUAUAUUAAUGGCCUUCAGGUAGACUGUUAUGCACAGCACUCGUAUUAUGGUUCUGCAUAUAGAUGAAUUCAAAACUCCAUCUCUGGUCUUUCAUUAUUGGUUUCAUACAAAAUGUAGAAUCAGUUUGUUAACCACUGAAAAAAAACAUACUCUUUGCAGCUCACAUAUGUUUCCACAUUAUUUGAAGUACCAGCUUCAAAUAAUCUUAUGUUUCUUCUUCAAACAGCAAUUAACUUUUAUAAUACUGCCAGUAUAAAACUCUUGUUGAGCUGUGAAACUCUUUUUAUUUCAAUGUCUAAAAUGUCAGCAGUUGAAUCACAUGUUCUCAGUCCCAUGAUACACUCAACUAGAGAUGGUGUGACCUUGACAUCAGAGCAAUAGAGUACUCAUGUUCUGGCUCAGGCCUUGUGGCAUAUCUGCAUGAAUUGAACUCCAAACCCUGAAGCACACGGUGUUACCCCCAGUUAGAGGUUGGUGUAUUCAUUAAUCAGUAUGGAGCAGCCCAGUAUCAUGCCAAAGUGUGUAAUACACACACCAAUCCACUAGAGGAUACCAUGUCAGCGUCACCUUUUGCCUCACCUAGGUGUAAAAAGUACACACCUGUAUGACUUUCAAAGAGCCUGUCAAGUGGUGCAGUUCAGACGACGUGUAUAUAAGGUGAUAAAUUUCCAUAUUCGGAGGUGGUGGGUUGGGUGGAUGGAUAGAAUCAAACUUGCAAAAAAUGCACUCAGUAAACUUUGCUGCAGGAGACCACU